AUGAGCUCGAUGCCUGUCUACAUCUGGACAGUGCCGAUGUUCCACUGCAAUGGCUGGUGCCUCAUUUGGGGGCUGGCGGCGGUAGGUGGCACAAACAUCUGCCUACGGCGUGUCUCCCCUAGAGAAAUAUUCGACACACUUGCUGCAAAAGCUGUCACCAACAUGGGAGGGGCUCCGACAGUCUUGAACAUGAUCAUGAACUCCCCUGACCGGAGGCCGCUGUUUUGCAAGGUUGAGAUCAUGACCGGCGGAUCACCACCCCCGCCCUCGAUUCUGGAGAGGAUCGAGGAGCUUGGAUUCAGAGUGUCGCACUUGUAUGGACUCACGGAAACUUAUGGGCCAGCCACGUCAUGUCUGUGGAGGCCUGAGUGGGACUCGUUGCCUAGCGAGGAGCAGUAUCGGAUCAGGGCGAGGCAGGGAGUGGAGCACUACGCUCUCGAGGAGGUCGAUGUGAGAGAUUCGGUGACAAUGGAGAGUGUACCUGCGGAUGGUGCAACAAUGGGUGAGAUCAUGCUUAGAGGAAACACUGUGAUGAGUGGAUACCUGAAAGAUGUGAAAGCCACGGAGGAAGCUUUUGCAGGGGGGUGGUUCAGAAGCGGCGAUCUUGGUGUGAAGCACGACAACGGCUACAUAGAAGUUAAGGACAGGUUGAAGGAUGUGGUGAUCUCUGGCGGCGAGAACAUAAGCACAGUCGAGGUCGAGACAGUGCUGUACCGCCAUCCAGCGAUUCUUGAAGCAGCGGUUGUGGGAAGACCGGAUGAUCACUGGGGGCAGACGCCCUGCGCCUUUGUGAAGUUGAAGGAAGGAUUUGAGGUUAGCCGUGAUGAGAUAAUAGAGUUUUGCAGAGAACGUUUACCUCAUUAUAUGGCGCCAAAGACCGUCAUUUUCGAGGAUAUACCAAAGACCUCAACAGGCAAGAUUCAGAAAUUCAUCCUCAGGGAGAAAGCAAAGGCCAUGCCCCCUUCUUCAUCUUGA